AUGCCAGACGACAAGAAACUUCCCUGGGGUAUUAAUGCUCCUAAACCUGGUUCUGCAAAGAGUCUGACGAAAAAUAAGCUGCAGGCAUUUAGCAUCGGAACUCACAAAAAGACACCUUUUCAAAAACAUAAAGAAGAAUUAGAGUUAAAGAAAAAGCAAGAAUCGGAAGAAGCUGCAAAGGUAUAUGCCGAAUUUGUUGCUUCUUUUGAAAAGGAAGAAGGCUCAGGAAAAGCUUUUGUGAAAGGAGAAACUAUAGUGCCAAAAGUAUUAUUCGAUCAUGAAGCUGCAAAAAAAGAACCAGUACCUUCUUCAUCCCAACAGGCUAAAAUAUACAAGCCACAACCAUUCAUCCCAGCAAUAAAACCAGUUUUACCUGAAGUGAAAGUGGAAGAAGAAAUGCUUAUAGAUAAAAACCAUGAAGAAGAAGACGCUACCAAACAGGAAGAGAAAUCUAAACGAAAGCGUAAUCUCGAUGCUUUUCUAGAAGAAAUAAAGCGAGAACAAGAAGAACGUGAAGAUAGAUUGAGACAAAAGCAUGCAAGAUUGGCUGGUGCAGGAGUUCCAUCUGAGGAUGGAGGUGAUGAAUUCGUUUCUACUUCACUUACCGUAAAAGCAGCUUUUGAAGAUAGACCAGGAUCUCACGAUACGGGUGAUCCAAAUACAACAAAUCUGUAUGUCGGUAAUAUUAGUCCAGAG